AUGAAUAUCCACCCCCACACAGCCGCCCACACGGCCCCCCACACAGUCCCCCACACAGCCGCCCACACAGCCCCCCAUACGGCCCCCCACACAGCCGCCCACACAAUCCCCCACACAGCCACCCACACGGCCCCCCACACAGUCCCCCACACAGCCGCCCACACAGCCCCCCAUACGGCCCCCCACACAGCCGCCCACACAAUCCCCCACACAGCCACCCACACGGCCCCCCACACAGUCCCCCACACAGCCGCCCACACAGCCCCCCAUACGGCCCCCCACACAGCCGCCCACACAAUCCCCCACACAGCCACCCACACGGCCCCCCACACAGUCCCCCACACAGCCGCCCACACAGCCCCCCAUACGGCCCCCCACACAGCCGCCCACACAAUCCCCCACACAGCCACCCACACGGCCCCCCACACAGUCCCCCACACAGCCGCCCACACAGCCCCCCAUACGGCCCCCCACACAGCCGCCCACACAAUCCCCCACACAGCCACCCACACGGCCCCCCACACAGUCCCCCACACAGCCGCCCACACAGCCCCCCAUACGGCCCCCCACACAGCCGCCCACACAAUCCCCCACACAGCCACCCACACGGCCCCCCACACAGUCCCCCACACAGCCGCCCACACAGCCCCCCAUACGGCCCCCCACACAGCCGCCCACACAAUCCCCCACACAGCCACCCACACGGCCCCCCACACAGUCCCCCACACAGCCGCCCACACAGCCCCCCAUACGGCCCCCCACACAGCCGCCCACACAAUCCCCCACACAGCCACCCACACGGCCCCCCACACAGUCCCCCACACAGCCGCCCACACAGCCCCCCAUACGGCCCCCCACACAGCCGCCCACACAAUCCCCCACACAGCAGCCCACACGGCCCCCCACACAGCCGCCCACACAGCCCCUCACACGGCCCCCCACACAGUCCCCCACACAGCCCCCCAACAGCCGCCCACACAGCCCCCCACGCAUCCAAUAAAUGUUCAUUGUGAUGUUGAUGACGAUGGUGAUGCUAUUGUGUUGCUGGGAUAG